UCUAUUUACCCGCCUACAUCCUUCCUCAAUCCCUUGGCGACUCCUAUAGUACCCAACUCGCAAAACAUUCUGGACUCUGUGCUCAAGACGAAAUCGAACAUUUUGCCAGUUGUGUCUUCCUUUCUGGAACAGUGGGCGUUUUCGCCGAGUGCCGUCGAUGUUCUGAAGACUCUCGAAUAUGUUAUCUAUGGUGGCGGUCCUCUCGCGCCUAAGGCGGGAAAUACACUGGUGAAUGCAGGGGUC